AUGCGCCUGUGCCUGCGGAUCUUUGCGGCGUCUCUGCAGAAGUACGGCUCGCAGGAACCCCAUUACUUCAUUCGCUUGAUGGUCGUCCAGGCGAUGGUAGGCCACGAGCAUAACUCUCAGGGCGACGCUCCUGUCAACGUAAUCAACACCGACAGCAACAGGCCGACGCCCCACGUAGGGAUCCGCUGUUUCGCGGUAGUGCUCUUCGGCGAGAGGGGGCACGAUACCGACACUGUUGACUGCGACACCGAUGAAUCCGAGACCCCUGCUUCUACCCAAAUGAGUCGACGGGAGGCUGCUAUUGCAGCGCGGAAACCGACAGACCGAUGGAGGGAUCUUCCAGACCCUGAGCAUGCUCAUGAGCAAGCAAAGCAGUUCCCUUUGAGGCCGCCAUUCCCGCAGCAGGAAGCACACGGACGACUAGUAUCGCAGGACGAGCACCUGGCCCGUAUCGAAGACGACCAGGUGAAACGCAAACAGGUGCAGAAGCCGCAACAGAGGCGAGAGGCAUCGCUGGGGUGUGUCACGAAGAGAGAUCCGCCAGAUUUGAAGACAACGCAGCGACAAAAACACUCACAGUCUAAAGAGAAGAGGCAGAAGCAGCAGCAGCAACAGCAGCGGGGGGGGCGACAAAAAGACCUGGAGCACCAAGUGGAGAGGCGGGACACGGGGCAGCAGAAGCAGCAGCAGCAGCAGCCGCGGCAGCAGCACCAACCGCGGCAGUGGGAGCAGCAGCAGCAGCGGAAAACAAGACACGUAGAGCGAAACCCGUCAGCUGGAAAGGUGGCUGCAAACAAGACGCUGCAGGAGUAG